UCUGUAACGCUGCCACGGAUUACAGUGCGCAGUGUGUGGACAGACUGCUCCCUGGUUCCACCUGCUCGGCUUAUCGUUGUGCGUAUUUCGCGGUGAACGUGUCUCCUAUAAACGAACAAACACAAUAUAAAACGAAAACAGAAAUGAUGUAGGAAUGACAACAACCUGCGCCCCCGUGUCCGGCUAUCCGUCCCUGAGAAGACCCCAAGGAUGCUGCUCUCAGGCGCGCGGAACGAACGCCUCGCUGCUGCUGUUCGCCGCGGUCCUGCUCUGUGGUCUCCCUAUCAGCGCCAGGCUCCCGGUUGCCAAAACAUGCCCUCUCCAUAUAGACUGUGCCAAAGAGCGACGCCAUCUCUGCAAGCCUGGCUCUUCUCACUGUGGUCCUUGCCUCUCCCCAUUUGAGGAGAAUGAAAAAAGACACUGCGUGUUGAAAAAUAGUGAUCAUCAGCAAGGUGAAGUGUCGAGCUACCCUGACCCAGAAAAAGAAAUUGAUUACAUUCACGCUGUCAUUGAAAAACAGCAAGUGUCAAACACCAAACCAGCAAACAAUCAAUCCACACCUUCCGAAAACAAACUAAACCAGGGUCAUCCCUCAUCUGAAGCCCUGCCAGUCACCACUUCAGCGCUGCAACCUGCAGUGUCAGUCCUCGGGAACACACAGCCCGGAGCCACUGGGGCUGCCGGUCGAGCUGGUCCUGUAGUGGCCCCGUCACCCAUGAAUGACAAAAUUAUUGUCAUUUUAGUCUCACUGUGUGUUGUGAUGGGCAUUGUGGCACUGAUCCUGGCGACUCUCUGUUUUGUCAAGUUGCACAAAGAAUCACGACUGGCUCAAAAGGUUGACUACCCAGCUUUAGGAAAGGCAAACGGGCCUCAUGCUGCAGCCACUGGUACCUCGAUGGGAGAUAAAACUCUGGCCCAAAGUGCUCAAAUGUAUCACUAUCAACACCAGAAACAGCAGAUGUUAGCAAUGGGAAAUCACAGACUUGAACAGAAAGGUCUUGAAUCCGAGGUCACGUCAGAUGAGGAAGAAGUGGGAGGAGACUUCACAGUAUACGAGUGCCCUGGACUUGCACCGACUGGAGAGAUGGAAGUAAAAAACCCUUUGUUUGAUGACUCGACUGUGCAUUAUCAAAGCAAUCACAAGUGAAUCCUGAAGCGUUGCCACACACAUACAUCAGUAUAAUGCAUUCCCCAGCUCCCCCUGCCCUUAACCAGAUUAAUUAAAUGCCUACCCCCAACUCUAACCUGACCUAAACCUUAUUCUAAUCUUAACUCUGAGACCAAAACUUAAUUUCCUCACUAAAAUGGUUUUGAACUAAAAUUUGCCCUCACAAACAAAGAAAUAUACACAUACACACAGACAUCCAAGCCAUUUCUAUGAAUGAAACCACUUUAUCUCACACUGCAUGCAUGGAAGUUAGGGAUCUUGGGUGAUGAGGUCUUCUUGUAGUCUUUUUACUACAUUUGCCACAGUACAGCUUUUAAUUAAUCAA